AUGUGUCUGCAGUUCAACUGGGACCGCCUCGACGUCACGGCAGCCGAGGCGAUACGCUCGCUGGUGAACUCCAAGAUUGAGGAGGAGCUGCGGCGCCGUGCGCACGGCUCGAUGGCUGGCGGCGACGCGUCCGCCACCACCUGCAGUAGUAAUGGUGGUAGUAGUAGUAGUAGCAUUGGUAUUGGUAGCAGCAGUCGCGUGGAGGGACUCCACGUGACGAGCAUCGAGUGGGGCAACGUGCCGCCCUUCGUAGAGCUGCUCGAGCUCGGCGACGCGGUGGACUUCGGCACUAGCACCAGCGACCCCAACGCGCACGACCCUGUGCUCGCCCGACAGGAGGCGGCAGCGCACCGGCCUUCCCCUGUAGUCUCGUCGCUGCUGGGCGGCGACUGCAUGAGUGAGACGGAGUCGUCCGGCGGUGGCGGGCCCACGUUGUCGGCGACGAAGUGGAUGUCGACGACGCGCACGAGUGCGAGUCAGCCGCACACGCCAGUCGCAGACGCGCUCGCCCCGCUUGUGGGGCCGGGCGGGCUCUACGUCUGCCUGCACGUCACGUACGGUGGACCGAUGCGCGUGUCGGUGUCCGCGGUGCUGCGGCACGAUAUUGUGCUCGGCCCCACCACGCUUCCCGUGCGCAUGCCGCUGGCGCUGCACUUCUCCAAGAUGGACAUGGACUUCUACCUCUGCGUCAACCUCCACCGCAGCACCUGUCGCGUGUGGAUAGAGCCGGGAAAACUUUCGACGUCGCCCAUCACGCGCAUGAACAUCAUGGCGGUAUUUGGCGAGCGACGGGCGCACACGCUGCGGUCGGCGGAGUUGCCCGGAGGAGCGCCGCCCGCGUGUGACAACCUGGAGGCCUCUGACGCGUGGACACACGUGGGGAGCAGCCAUCUCGGCUCGGAGGAGGAGGAGGAUGCUGUCUUCAUGGAUGAGAGCGUCAUCUCACAGUUCGUGUUGGCUGAGAUACGCGCGGUCAUGCAGGAAAAGAUGAUGUACCCGCAUUUUGUGGAGAUGCCACUCUUUGCGUGA